AUGGCUACAUCUUCGUCAAACGCUGUGUCGCCCGAAGUCAGAGCGGACAUCGCGCUGGGCGUGGAGCGCUUGCAAUUCGCAACACUUUUGGGCGAGCGCAAGAAGGCGGUGGCUGCUCUUCAAUCGUUGGCGCAGAAAUUCGACGCGUCUCGCAGUCCCGGCGGCCGUAAGAGCAACAGCAGCAGCGUCGACCCCACAGUUGAAGAGCAGGAGCUGGGAGAUGCCACCGUGCCCGCCGUGCUGGUGUCCGACCCGCGAGACACGGAGCUCAUGGAGGCCAUGCUCGAGUUCCUGCAGUCCGUCGUGAGCCGCGCACCGUCGGCCGCCCUAUUGCUGCUCGAGCAGCCUUCGACCACGGCCACGGCCACGUGGGCGUGCGCUGCAGGACGUGCAGCCGGCGCGUUCGCCAAGUCGGUGCUGGAGUGCAAGGAGGGUUUGCGCUGCCUGCUGGAGGUCGUGGAGUACCGUCGAGAGCACAUUCGCGACGCGGCGCUGGCCGUGCUGGGCCAAUUGACGGGCCGCGACAAGAACGCGCAGCAGUUCCUGGCCUUUGAGGAGGGGUUCGCCAGGCUGUUCCAGAUCAUGGAGGUGGAGGGGCUGGCGGAGACGGGUGCCAGUCCGGCGUCCAGUGUCAUCGCCGACUGCCUGCAGAUCGUUAACAACAUGGUGAGAGACAACCUCAUGACGCAGACGCUGUUCCUCGAGAUGACGUACCUCGAGUCCCAUGUGCCGAGGCUGUUGAGGUUGCCCGGGAUCGACGGAGGAGAGGAGGAGGAGGAUGCAGCCGCGUUGAGCAGGAGGAAGCGCGUGCUGAAGCUUGGCCUGCAGCUCGUGCGGUUCCUCGUGGCGGGGCUGUAUGAAGGAGCGCGCGAGUCGUCGCUGGAUGAAAUGGCACAGAGAGACCGUGACCGGAAGGGACAGGAGCUGGCCAGGAUACAGAGUCUCGUGGCCCGACAGGAGGCGCUCAUGGGCGCCGUGGGGGAACUCGUAUGCUGUCGCAGUGACGCGCUGGCCGAUUUGAGACUGCAGGCUCUGGAUUUGUUACGACUGGUGACUGAGCACAACGGCAGCGCGCAGAUGCUUUUGGUUAACUUGUACGCGUCACCUUCCGGCCGGAAUGCUCUUGCGGAGUUGGUAAAUCUUGAUGUGGGCAACGGAAGUGACGAGUCGCCCAUUGCUGCGGCGUCGUCAGCACUGCUGGAUACGCUUUUUGAGGAGAGCGAGGGUGCUAGGAUGGCCAUGCUGCAGCAUAUCCAGUCCGCACCGCCACCUCCGAUGUCCAGUGGAGGAGACGGUGGAUACGAUGCGUUUUCAGCUCCUCCAUCGGCGGGUCGAGUUCUUUUGGAUGCGUUUAUCUGUAACGCUGAGUUCAUUAUCCAGUGCGACGGUAAUGGCAAAACUGAUACGCUAAACAAUAAGCUGGUGGUGGCAUGGAAGGCAAGUCAUCGACUGGCAGGUCUACUGUCGAAUAGCUCAUACUGCAAAGAGCUUGCACUCCGCGUGCCUGCUGAGUACGAUGACUCGGAAGCUCGAGCCGUGGCUGGAGGAUUGUUCCUGUCGCGCUGCCUGUGGUUAUUGCGCUUAUGGUGGCACGACCGCGGCUCCGUGACAAACUUGUCGGUGCUGGCGGAUAGUCUUUCCGACGAGCAGUCUAUUGCUUCUUCUCGUGGUGUGUCCGAGAUGACACAGCUACGGGGCCUUAUUGCCCUGCUGCAGGAGUGCUGUCUGGAAUUUCUGUGUGAAGACGAGGAAGAGCAGGCCCUGAAGAUUGCAAGUGCGGCACUAGUACCAGUCGCGGUAGAACAAGAUCAAGGACUGCAGAUGACCCGUGGCCAGCUUCUUCAGAUGAUCAGCAAGAUCAUGGCUGAACAGAUUCAGAAGCGCGUCAUCGCGAUUUACACCGGAGUGGACCAGGGAUCUACCCCAUCUGCAGGCGUCGAGUCGGGAACUCCAAGCGCAAUCGGCGCCUAUCAGGAUCUCAUCCGCAUGCAGGACAAGCAGAUUCAUGACCUGCAGCAAGAAGUGGAAAGUCUGAAGCAGCGUGUGGCUAAUGGAGCGGGUGAUUCAAACGCUGCCAACGCUUCUAUGGCAGACCCAGGCCGUAAGAACGAUCUAAUGGAGAUGUUGUCCACCCAGCGUGAGCAAUUUGAGCGAGAGAAGGCUGAGUUAAAAAGCAAAAUCAAGAGCAUGUCGGAGUCAGCGCUCGAGAUGGAGACUCGUGUGAAUGGUCUUACGAUGGCGUAUGAGCAGCUUGAGCGAAAACACCAACAGCGUGGACAAGAGAUGGCUGCAGCUCACUCUGGAGUGACCGGGGUAUCUUCACCUGCUGCUUCUAGCGGGCUGGAAGAGCAAAUCGCUAUGUUACAAGCUGAAUUAGAUGCGGAGCGAGAAACGAAUCGGCGACUACGAAGCGAGGCUACUGCAGCUAAAGGUGGGGUGGCGUCGCAAGCACUUCGUGAGAAGGGUGAUGCUGAGCUUGCUGAUGCGCGCCUCAUGACCCAGCACGAGGAGCUGCGUGUGGAAAAUAAGCAGAAGGAUGAGCAACUAGCCGAAUGUACUCAGAUGCUGGAAACACUUACCGAAGGGCAGAACCUAGUGAAACGGGACAACGAGUGGCUGAAAGCAGAGCUUACAGAGUUGCGCUCAAGAACCGAUCAAGCAGGCGAAGCAGACGGAACCGAGUGCAUGAGCGUUGUGGAUGGUCUUCUGGAUGACAAGGCGCGCUGA